AUGUGCGGCGCAGAACCUCUCGUCACCCCGAACAGUGCUGAAUCUGUCGAUGCCUUCUACACGCUACUAGCAGAACGGAAACGUUUUGCAGCAUCCCAGUCGGUCGAAACUACGCCCAAAUGGCCAGCAGCCCGCAAUGAUCACUAUUGUGACCAAGAGGUGUGUCGGCACGAUGUCAUCGACCUUUCCUCUCUAUGUGAGCCGUCCGACAGCGAUAGCGACUGGCAGCCAUACAUCACGGGUGACAAGACAUUCCCCAUCAUCGGAUACGAAUCUCCAUCGAACAGUGAACACAUCGUCCGUCUCCGUUACAACACACCACCCACAGUCUACGAUGACCAAGACCAUGGAAGCCGUCGAAUGUCUUCGAUAGACCCCAAAUCAAGCAUUCGCGUCUUCCGAAAAGACCUUGAUAACCUACAGAUCAGCAGCGCACAGUCUUUUCUUGACCUAGAAGAGCAGUUUGACAGCCUCUCCUCAUCAUACAGCACGCUGCGUAGGGACUACCAAGGUUUCGCGGACAAACACAACACACUCCUGGAGAUUUCAAUGAAGCAGUGCCAUGAGCUAGGCAAUCAGGCCAAGGUCUUGAAGGAGUUAUGCGAGUGGAAGAUGCGCACGCAAAACAGCUUCGCUGCGGUACGCGUUCAAGGGCAAGAACCGGAGGUCUUGUAUUUUGACACACCGCGUUCGACAUCCACGGCGGAGAUCGGACUGGACGAUCUGAGAGAAACUCCUCUAGUGACGGAGAGUCAGGCUGUUACAUCGACAUCAGACGGACGAGACUACGGUGUCGGAGCAAUACUGCCAUCUCCGAUCAUGCCUCCCACGACGCCUGAGCGACGUGCCACACAUCCGCGCUUGAUCUUGAGACUAUCGGCCAAGCCAAAUAUGAAGGAGGAAGUCCUGGAAUCUCCUAGUGCUUUGGCAACAGACGAGCCGCAACGCCCAAAGCGCGUCAGGAGGCCCACGGAGAAACGCAAGGCCGCUGAGCUGGAGGCCAAGUCGGCAGAGAAAGCGAGGAACCGCCUGAGUUGCACAUCAGUCCCGUUCUGA